UUGUGUAAACUACAUAUUCAAACAGUAAUACAAAGUAAUAUACUUCUUAUUUAUUGAUUCUUUUCUUUACCUACAGAAGCUAAAAGAAUCGUCAUCACCACCAAGUAAAAGCUUUCACUGAACCAUGGCGGAUCCAACCUCAUCUAACCUUGAUGAUAAGGGACAUCCCUCUUUGGACUCGAAAAGUGAGAAGAAGGAUUAUUCCACAGCAAUAUUAGAACGCAAGAAGUCUCCUAACCGACUUAUUGUCGAUGAAGCAGUUAAUGAUGAUAAUUCUGUGGUUACAUUGCACCCUGAAACAAUGGAGAAGCUUCAGUUAUUCCGGGGAGACACUGUUCUGAUAAAGGGAAAGAAGCGAAGGGAUACGGUUUGUAUUGUUCUGGUUGAUGAACAUUGUGAUGAACCAAAAAUUAGGAUGAAUAAGGUUGUUCGGGCUAACCUUAGAGUGAGACUUGGAGAUGUUGUCUCUGUCAAUCAAUGUCCUGAUGUGAAGUACGGAAAACGAGUUCAUAUCCUUCCAAUUGAUGACACCAUUGAGGGUGUAACUGGCAACUUGUUUGAUGCAUAUCUGAAGCCAUACUUUCUGGAAUCGUACAGGCCCGUGAGAAAAGGGGACUUGUUCCUUGUUAGGGGUGGAAUGCGUAGUGUUGAAUUCAAGGUAAUAGAGACUGAUCCUAGUGAAUACUGUGUUGUGGCACCUGAUACUGAGAUAUUCUGUGAGGGAGAGCCAAUCAAAAGGGAAGACGAAGAGAGACUAAAUGAAGUUGGUUAUGAUGAUGUUGGUGGUGUUAGGAAACAAAUGGCUCAGAUUCGUGAGCUUGUAGAACUUCCACUAAGACAUCCACAGCUCUUCAAAUCAAUUGGUGUUAAGCCUCCAAAAGGAAUCUUGCUUUAUGGACCACCUGGUUCUGGGAAGACUUUGAUUGCAAGAGCAGUGGCUAAUGAGACUGAUGCGUUCUUCUUUUUGAUCAAUGGACCAGAAAUAAUGUCAAAGCUAGCUGGUGAGAGUGAAAGCAAUCUGAGGAAGGCAUUUGAAGAAGCUGAAAAGAAUUCCCCUUCUAUCAUUUUCAUUGAUGAGCUAGACUCGAUUGCUCCUAAGAGAGAAAAGACACAUGGUGAAGUGGAGAGGCGUAUAGUUUCACAACUUUUGACUCUUAUGGAUGGCCUCAAAACCCGAUCACAUGUGAUAGUUAUUGGAGCCACAAAUAGACCCAAUAGUAUUGAUCCUGCUCUCAGAAGAUUUGGAAGGUUUGAUAGGGAGAUUGACAUUGGUGUACCAGAUGAAAUUGGAAGGUUGGAGGUUCUUAGAAUUCAUACAAAGAACAUGAAACUUUCAGACAAUGUUGAUCUUGAAAAAGUUGCCAGAGACACUCAUGGUUAUGUUGGAGCAGAUCUUGCUGCUCUUUGCACGGAGGCUGCACUACAGUGUAUCCGGGAGAAAAUGGAUGUCAUUGACUUAGAGGAUGAAACAAUUGAUGCUGAGGUGUUGAAUUCCAUGGCUGUGACUAAUGAACACUUUCAAACUGCUUUAACUUCUUCCAACCCAUCUGCUCUGCGCGAAACAGUAGUGGAGGUUCCAAAUGUUUCCUGGGACGACAUUGGAGGCUUGGAGAAUGUCAAAAGGGAGCUUCAGGAGACUGUUCAAUACCCAGUGGAACAUCCUGAGAAGUUUGAGAAAUUUGGCAUGUCACCUUCUAAAGGUGUUCUCUUUUAUGGACCUCCUGGCUGCGGUAAAACCCUUCUUGCAAAAGCCAUUGCUAAUGAGUGCCAGGCCAACUUUAUAAGUGUCAAGGGACCUGAGUUGCUCACGAUGUGGUUUGGUGAAAGUGAGGCAAAUGUUCGUGAGAUAUUUGACAAGGCCAGACAGUCAGCUCCUUGUGUGCUUUUCUUUGAUGAACUUGACUCCAUUGCAACCCAGCGAGGCAGUUCUGUCGGGGAUGCUGGUGGUGCUGCAGAUAGGGUGUUGAACCAACUGUUAACUGAAAUGGAUGGUAUGACAGCGAAGAAAACAGUUUUCAUCAUUGGGGCAACAAACAGACCAGACAUAAUAGAUCCUGCAUUGCUCAGACCAGGACGUCUUGACCAAUUGAUUUACAUCCCUUUACCGGACCAAAGUUCACGUCUUCAAAUCUUCAAAGCUUGCCUCAGGAAGUCACCAAUCUCAAAGGAUGUUGAUCUUGAAGCUCUUGCCGGUUAUACUCAUGGAUUCAGUGGUGCAGACAUAACAGAAAUUUGCCAACGCGCAUGCAAAUAUGCCAUUAGGGAAGACAUUGAAAAGGGUAUUGAGCAGGAGAGAAGAAAAAGAGAAAACCCUGAAGCCAUGGAAGAAGAUGACAUUGUUGAGAUAUCUGAGAUAAAGCCUGCACACUUUGAGGAGUCUAUGAAGUUUGCUCGGCGGAGUGUGAGUGAUGCUGACAUCAGAAAAUACCAACUUUUUGCUCAGACCUUGCAACAGUCGCGAGGAUUUGGAUCUGAGUUUCGGUUUCCAGAACGAAACGAGAACAGUGCAACAGGUGCCUCAGACCCUUUCUCAUCUGCUGCACCAGAGGGAGAUGAUGAUUUGUAUGGUUAGUCACUGCGUGAGUUUCCAUGACUUGAACCAAAUUCUAGUUAAAACUAAAAAAUUUCUUAAUUUUGUAAGAACUAAAAACAUGUUUAUAUCUUUUUAAUUUUUGUUA